CCGCCCCCGCUUGGGGGAGGUGACACCUUGAAGCACUCACUUUACGGCAAGAGGAGGGCGUGACUCCCUUCAGGCUGCACGCUCCGAAACAGUGUGAGCCGAGUCUGGAGGACCCAGGGAAGUGGUAGUGAAAGUCUAUGCCAGCAAGGCCACUUAGACCGAAGUGUCUUGCGACAGUGCCGCAAUCCCUCCACUUUGCCUCACAACUCUCUGGAGAGACCGAGCGAGACGACCGGCAGGGCUGGGGGAAGCUCGCUGGUAUUUCAAGUCAAGCUCAGCCUCAACUCCAACUCAACCAAACUAGUCUAUGUUAAGGCCAAAAAUAAAGAGUCUAAGGAAUCCUGAUAGGCAGUUUCGAGCAACGGCGCUGAGGACCCCAAAAGAUCUCCCUUAGGGCCAUUUAGCCCUCAGCCCAACUCGACGCUCACACUCAGGCUGGAGGACCGUGACGUCACAAUCGAGCUUCUCGCCCCCUGGCCUGGCCCCCUGACUGGGAUUGGCUGAUUUGGAUGAGGGUGGUGAUGGAGAAGGGCUGGAACAAAUCGCGCAAAGAAAGAAAGUCUUUAGGUGGAACACAAAGGAAAGGGGCGAGUGGAGGGACUUCCAGCCCGAGUCUUGAUUCCGCCCACCGUGGCUCGGGAGCAGGGGAGAAGGGGACCCGGGACUCAGCCGGAGCACCCCUGGCCGGCCCGUGGUGGGGGCGGGGCUAGGGGCGGGGCUAGUGGAGCCAGGAGGCGGGGCGGGAUCGCUGAGAGCGUCCCCCGGGUGGGGCGUCGGAGAAGGUGGAGUCCCUAGGGGCUGCUGGCGGCCUCAGCCGGGACUCCCAUGGAGGGGCAGCUGGAGGAGUGCCCCGAGUGCCUCAGAAAGAAGUCUCAGCACUGGGAUGAGAUGAAUAUCCUGGCCACCUACCACCCUGCUGACAAGGACUAUGGAUUUAUGAUGGUGGAUGAGCCCAACACUCCCUACCACAGGUGGCUGCAGGACAGUUUUGAGGACCUCUCUGCCAGUUCCUCCCGCUCAGUGAAUCCCGAGGUGCUAGCAGAGAGGAUUGCCAUGAUGGACAAUAUCUACCCCAAGGUCCUCCAGAACCAUGCUGACAGGAGCUCAGGGCCUGCAGACAGCUUUUCCAAGACAUACUCCACCGACUUUGAAAAGCGCCGCAAAGCACACUAUGCCGAAGGGAAGUUUCUCAAGGCUUGGUGGUAGUAUCAGUAUCAGCGGUGGCAGUCAAGAUGUGAUGCUGGACCCAGAGCCCAAGCCUGUGCAGAGAGGCUGGGCAGGAGAACUAGCCAGAGGAGCCAAAGACGAGCCAGGCCUCGCCACCCAGAGGCACAUCCUUAAAGCCCAGGGUUAGCGAUGGUGGGGCUCCAGGGACUGGGGUAUUGUAGUCCAGAGCCUGCUCCUCACUUCUCUGCCACAGUCUGUCUUCCUCAGUGCAUCAGCCCAAGACCCUGCUGUCUGACAGGGAGGUAAUGCUGGGAGGUGACCCCAGGAAAGAAAGAGGGCAGCUGGAGGAAGGACCCCACUCAGGAUAGCCCCCAGAGAUUGUGGGCUGUUGAGAAAUAGAAAGUCUGAUUGGGGGCUGAUUUGUUGGCCAGGUCCAGUGGGUCACUCCUAUAAUCCCAGCACCUUGGGCGGCCGAGGUGGGAUGAUAGCUUAAGCCCAGGAGUUUGAGGCUGC